AUGCUUUAUGUUUGGAUCAUGAAGUUGAGCAAAACGUCUGUUCUUUCUGUACUUCAAAUCGCAACCACGGAGAGACUCAUGAAGCUGCUUCUUUGGUCUCUUGAUGCCAUUUCUAUGGUUCUUGUGUCCUUGAUUGUGGCUUGAGUGUACCUUUUCCUUAGUCCAGCUUGGAGAAAAAUAAUUAUAUGUAUUUUCUCUAAAAAAAUAUAGAUUUAAAAAUGUUAGCUUGCCAAGGGAGUUAGACAUUUAUUUUAUAUUGUAAAAUUUUACAUGAGAUUAACUAUUUUAGCAAGUUAA